UCCUCCCGGUGCGUCUCUCUCUGUCAGCUGAUGGACACUCAGAAGGAAGCUCUGCGCAGGAUCAUCAGCACGUUAGCCAAUAAGAAUGAAGAGCUCCAAACCUUCCUGGAAACAGUCGACACCACGCUGUCAGGACUGCAGGAGGAGUCAUCUAAAGUGACGUCAGACCUGGAGGCGGAGCUUGAGCAGCUAAGCUCCGCCCUGGACGAGAAGGGGGCGGAGCUCCGUGGCGCCAUUAAAGAGGAGGCGCAGAGGAAGGAGGUGCAGCUCCAGAAGCAGCUGUCGGAGGGGCGGGUCGCGAUGAUGUCGUGCGAGGAGCUGCUCGACUUCGCCAACCAGACGCUGACCAUCACCAACGAAGAAGAAUUCCUCAAGGCUGCAAAACAAAUCAAAGAAAGGGUAACCAUGGCGCCGGCAUUCCGGCUGACGACCCGCCCGGCGGCGUCAUCGAGCUUUUCAGAGUUCACUGUGGACUUCAGCGUGGAGAGGGCGGGGCUUCAGCGACUUCACUUCCUGCCAGUGCCCGCAGCGCCGCAGGUCGACCCCUCCUGCUGCGUCGUCUGUGACAACACCGUCAUGGUUGCCUGGCAACCGGCCGGGGAGGGCGGCGCCGACGGCGGCGGCGGGCGGAUUGAACGCUAUGAAGUCGAAUACAGAAAAACAAAUCAGGAGAGCCCGCUGAGAGCAGCAGGGGCAUGCUGGGAAAAAAUCCAUGACAUCACAGACACACAGGUCACCAUCACAGGUCUGAAGUUUGACUCUCAUUUCGUUGUCGUUCGCGUUCGAGCCAGAAACAAGGCGGCCGCCGGCGAGUUCUCCGAGCCCGUCGCCAUAGAAACCACAGCGUUUAACUUCGGCUUCGACGCGGCGACGGCUCACCCGGAGCUGAAGGUGCAGAGUGACACGGUGACCUGGGAGCCACAGGGGGUCAAAGGUCACGACCCCCGACUGAAAAGCAAAGAGAAUAAAAGCAGCAGCAGAAGCGCAACGCCAUCGCCCAAUAAGACGGCAGGAAGCCGAGCAGGACGCGACCGAUUCGCUGGAGAGUCUUACACAGUUCUGGGCGACCAGGAAAUGAGUGGCGGCUGUCACUACUGGGAGCUCCGCCCCCUGGCUGACUGGAAGUCGUUCAGCGUGGGCGUGGCCUAUCGCGCUAGCCUGGGGCGCUUCGACCAAUUAGGGAAGAGCGCUGGUUCGUGGUGUCUCCACGCCAGCCAAUGGCUGCAGAGCUCGCUCGCUGCGAAGCACAACAACCGAGCGAAGGCGCUGGAUUGGCCGCUGCCUCAGCGAAUUGGAAUCUACUGUAACUAUGACAACGGUGAUCUGUUCUUCAUCGACGUCGAUCAUCUUCGUCUUCUUCACUCUUUCAAAACAAAGUUCAGCCAGACGCUCGUCCCCGCCUUCACGGUUUGGUGCGGUGGGAUCGCCGUGGCAACCGGCCUGCAGGUGCCGAGCUUCAUGGGAAAGUUUCUCUCCACCAAUCAGAGCCUCAGCAACUUGUCGCAGUAAAUCGACCAAUCAGAGCUCAUCUAAGAUUUAUUUAAAUAUUUAUUGAUUAGAGUUUAUUAAUAAUAUAAAACUAUUAUGAUCAGAAACUUUGAUAUCUGCUCUUAUUUUGAAAGCCAUGGGUUUAGUUGAAUGCUUUUAUUUUGAAAAAUUACUACGGUUAUUUUUUAGAUUUGGCUUUUAUUUUGAAGUUUGUGAAUUAUUUUUAUUUUGAAACACCUCAUCAUGAAUACUGUUGUGCAUUUCUACUGACUUUUAUUGUGAAGGUGUGGACAGAACUUCCUCUCGUGACUUUUAUUUAGAAAAAUUAAAAAAGAACAAAAGUGAUGAACACAAUGUGAAGUUAGCAUGCUAACCAGCUAGCACUGUAAUACCAGUUUACACCUGCGGAGGCGACGGUGAGUCUGCCUUCAGUCAACAAGAGAAGAAGAAGAAGAAGCACUUCCUCUGUAGCUUAGAUGUAUUCGAGCAGCUGUUAGCUUAGCAUUAGCACUGAGCUGCGGUUGUUAGCUGCUAACAGUGCUAACGGUAUUAACAGUGCUAACGGUGCUAACGGUACUAACGGUAUUAACAGUGCUAACGGUGCUAACGGUACUAACGGUACUAACA